AGACACGGGAGCGGCAGCGGGGGACACCGGGAGGAGCAUCUCGUCCCCGAGGUUUAUGAAUGGCACUGACAUGGAGGAAAUACCGUUUCAGAAAGUCAAGACCAAGAGGAAGAAGUGCUGCCGCUGCUGCUGCUCCCCGCCGGCUGCCGCGGCUGCGGGAGCCGGGCUGGGGGACCCCCCGCCGCUGCUGCUGCUGGAUGCCAUCGCCUGCGAAGACGAGUUCGACUGCAAGGAGCUGGAAGCUCUCUUCCAGAGCUACAACCUGAAGCUGGAGCAGACGUCCACCCUCAAAGCGCUGGCCGUCCUGAUCGUGCUGACCGCCAGCCUGGCCCUGGUGGAGCUGCUCUCCAGCCCCAGCCUCACCAUCUCCAAAGGCUCACACCCGGUGCACUGCAUCAUCUUCCUCUCCCUCUUCAUCGUCACCAAUGUCAAGUACCUGCAGGUCACCCAGCUCCAGCAGAUCGUCAAGCUCACCUUGCUCUUCAGCUUCACCUUCUCCUUCCUCUGCUGCCCCUUCUCGCUCGGCGCCUACGGCAUGGAACCCCCGAGCGCCCCUGAGCAGGGCAUGUGGCAGCUCAUGCUGGUCACCUUCGUCUCCUACUCGCUGCUGCCCGUCCGGACCCUGCUGGCCAUCGUUUUCGGGCUGGUGGUGUCCGUCUCCCACCUCAUCGUCACCGCCACCUCCGUCAGUGCCAAGCGGCAGCGGCUCUGGAGGACGCUGGUGGCCAAUGCAAUCCUUUUUGUCAGCGUGAAUUUGUACGGGGUCUUCGUGAGGAUUUUGACCGAAAGAGCUCAGAGGAAGGCAUUCCUUCAGGCCAGGAACUGCAUCGAGGACAGGCUGAGGCUGGAGGAUGAAAAUGAAAAACAGGAACGUCUCCUGAUGAGUCUUUUGCCCAGGAAUGUUGCAAUGGAAAUGAAGGAAGAUUUCCUCAAGCCUCCUGAAAGGAUUUUCCACAAGAUUUAUAUUCAGAGGCACGACAAUGUUAGCAUUUUGUUUGCAGACAUUGUGGGCUUCACAAGUUUGGCAUCCCAGUGCACAGCCCAAGAGCUGGUGAAGCUGCUGAAUGAGCUCUUUGGCAAAUUCGAUGAGUUAGCUACAGAAAACCACUGCAGAAGAAUAAAAAUCCUAGGGGAUUGUUACUACUGUGUAUCAGGAUUGACCCAGCCCAAAACGGAUCAUGCCCAUUGCUGUGUUGAAAUGGGACUGGAUAUGAUCGACACCAUCACAUCUGUUGCAGAAGCCACAGAGGUUGAUCUCAACAUGAGAGUUGGAUUGCAUACAGGAAGGGUGCUUUGUGGGGUCCUGGGUCUCCGAAAGUGGCAAUAUGAUGUCUGGUCAAAUGAUGUGACUCUGGCUAAUGUCAUGGAAGCUGGAGGACUGCCUGGGAAAGUUCACAUUACAAAGACCACCUUAGAGUGCCUAAAUGGGGACUACGAGGUAGAACCAGGAUAUGGUCAUGAAAGGAACAGUUUCUUGAAGAAACACAACAUUGAAACCUAUUUUAUUGUGCCAUCCCAUCGUAGGAAGAUCUUUCCUGGACUGAUUCUCUCAGACAUUAAGCCUGCCAAAAGAAUGAAGUUCAAGACAGUCUGCUACCUGCUGGUCCAGCUCAUGCACUGUCGCAAGAUGUUCAAAGCAGAGAUCCCUUUCUCCAAUGUCAUGACCUGUGAAGAUGAUGAUAAGAGGAGAGCAUUAAGGACAGCCUCUGAAAAACUCAGGAAUCGUUCCUCCUUUUCUACCACUGUUGUGUACAACACUCCAGGAACUCGAGUCAACAGGUACAUCAGCCGACUGAUAGAGGCCAGGCAAACAGAGUCUGAGAUGGCUGACCUCAACUUCUUUACCCUGAAGUACAAACAAAUUGAGAGGGAAAAUAAAUACCACCAGCUUCAGGAUGAGUACUUCACCAGUGCUGUAGUUCUCUCACUAAUUCUAGCUGCCUUAUUUGGCCUUGUCUACCUUCUAAUAAUACCACAGAGUACCAUAGUUCUUGUUCUCCUGGUGUUCUGCAUAUGCUUCCUAGUGGCUUGUAUUAUGUACCUACAUGUCACACGAGUACAAUGUUUUCCAGGGUGCCUGACAAUACAAAUUCGUACCAUUUUGUGUAUUUUUAUUGUGAUCUUAAUAUACUCUGUGGCUCAAGGAUGUGUGGUUGGCUGCAUGCCUUGGGUUUGGAAUACCAAUUCCAGCAGUUCAAUAGUUAUCAUUUCUCCUGGUGGAACAAAUAAAACAAUGAAUGAACUUCCAUGCGACACAGCCCACUACGCUUUCCUCUCCUGUGUGGUGGGGACCCUCACCUUGGCAAUAUUUCUACGUGUAUCUUCCUUGCCAAAAAUGAUUCUCCUGCUUUUUGUUACAAUUUUGUACAUAGUUAUUCUGGAACUCAGUGGUUACAGAAAAGCAGUAGGGGGUGGCUCCUUUUAUAUGCGCGGCUACGAACCAAUCCUAGCCAUUUUGCUCUUUUCUUGUGCUUUGGCACUGCAUUCCAGGCAGGUGGAUUUGAAGCUGCGUCUGGACUACCUCUGGGCUGUGCAGGCAGAAGAGGAGAGAGAUGAUAUGGAGAGAGUCAAGUUGGAUAAUAAAAGGAUUCUCUUCAACCUGUUGCCAGCACACGUUGCACAGCACUUUCUGAUGUCUAAUCCAAGAAAUAUGGACCUUUAUUACCAGUCAUACUCACAAGUUGGAGUGAUGUUUGCUUCCAUCCCAAACUUCAAUGACUUCUACAUCGAACUGGAUGGCAAUAACAUGGGAGUGGAAUGUUUGCGCCUCUUAAAUGAAAUUAUUGCUGACUUUGAUGAGCUUAUGGACAAAGAAUAUUAUAAGGACAUAGAAAAGAUCAAGACAAUUGGAAGUACAUAUAUGGCAGCUGUGGGACUCGUACCGACUUCAGGAACCAAGGCUAAAAAAUCAAUCUAUUCCCACCUAAGUACACUGGCAGAUUUUGCAAUCGAGAUGUUUGACGUGCUUGAUGAAAUCAACUAUCAGUCUUACAACGACUUUGUCCUACGAGUUGGUAUUAACGUUGGGCCAGUGGUAGCUGGAGUCAUUGGAGCCAGAAGACCACAAUAUGACAUCUGGGGGAACACUGUCAACGUUGCCAGCCGGAUGGAUAGCACUGGAGUGCAGGGCAAAAUCCAGGUGACAGAAGAAGUUCAGAGGAUCUUAAAAAGGUGCAGUUACGAAUUUGUGUGCAGGGGUAAAGUCAGUGUAAAGGGAAAAGGUGAAAUGCUGACCUAUUUCCUGGAAGGCAAGGCUGACGGAAAUAACGCUCAAACGCGGUCUUUAAACUUAGAGCGGAAAAUGUACCCUUACGGGAGAGCAAACAUUCAAACCAAACUGGGCACCAGCUGUCCCUCUGUGUCCUCAGUGGCUGGCUUUGCUGUCAAAGCUGGCCUUGGAGGAGGUCAAGCAUCUGCCACUCACACCAAUCAAACACUGCAUUAUCUUCCUUCCGUGCCGGCUGUGAAGGAGACCUAGAGCAAAGGAGAAGUGGUGGUGCCGUUUCCAGUCGACUCGGAGAGCAGUGGCUGCCUGGACUUCUACCAAGAGAUCAGAGGUGAGAGGCCAUGGCAUUAAUUAACCAAGGACCACUACAACCCAACCAAAGAGAACUUGGGGGACUGUGUAACAAACUCUUGGAAUGGAACAUAUUUAAGGGCUAGCAACUCUUGUUAGGAAAAGUCAAAACCUGAUUUUCUGGAAAUGAGGAAUAUUUUCAUGGUGUUUUUUAAGAGGUAGAUGAAGAAAAAAACAACCCCACGAGAUAUACAUGCAAGCAAUUCUUUCUCUGUGUGUGUGUGUAUAUAUGGUUUGAUCUAUAUAUGCACAUAUACAACCAGUCCUCUGUAGACUUAAUGGAGAUUUCUAACCAUAAAAAACGAAGUGUUUAUUUACACAUCCACGUGCAGUGAGAUGGCAGAGAGGUUUCUC